AUCGAUCACAAAAUUUAAACUUCAAAGACACUUAGCAAAUUAGAGGAAAGGAUUUGGAGCAUUUUCAAAAUUUCCCAGAAAUCGAAUUCAAUCACUCUCUAGGUUGGUUCAUUGCCUACUGCAGCACUCAUAGUGGUUAGAAAAACAUUUGACGUGAAAAAGAUACAUAUCAAUUUUGGUGAUGGAUCAAUCAGAAGUGGUAGAGGCAUCUUGUCAGGAUGGUGUUAGCAACGAUGGAGGUCUGGAAAUCACAUGCUUUACGGAUGUACACAAUGAGACCUCUAUUCAUUUUCAGAUAAUACGCCUUAACAAACAGAUUUAUGCAUGGAUUGGUUGCGGCUCUGCUAAACUCGGGCAUCUUCAUGCUGCUGCCCCCACACGACCUACGAAUACAGUGAGUGUGACUUCAAUACUUGGGGGCACUUCGGAUAAUACUGGUGUUGGCAUUGCUCGCCGGUUAGUGCUUCGGACUGGACUAAAUAUAAUACUGGCUUGCAAUCUCCCAAAGAAUGACCCGAUGCUGGAGAUUGGUGCUGAGAAGAAGCUGUUAGAAAAAUUAAUCAGUUUGGGAUACACAAAACCAAGAUCCAAAGAUCAACCUCGAGCAUAAAAACACGGGUCUGCAUUUCUAGAGACCUGAGAAACCCUCUUAUGCAUGACAUCCUCGACAACGACAACUUUUCGAGGACGUGGCAGUUACAGGUGGAUGAAGCGCGGUAAUUGAUUAGGAGUAGUUGAUUCCUGCUUCUGUGUGAAAUUAAUUGAUGUUCUUGUGUUCUUGUGAUGAAGCUGAGUAAUUGAUUAGGAAUAGUAUGGAAUUAUGGAAUUGGUUUAGAAUCUUCCAAUUAGAGAAAGAAACUGAAUUGAAUUGAAUACUAACCUGCUGUCAUGGUCAGACGACUGAUAGUCUUACAUACAUUAAUAUUAUUGUUCAUUUGUCA